AUUUCAAUUGAUCCUUCUUGCCCUAUUUGUUAUCCUGAAAAUAUCAUCCCUGAUACACAUAGAUUCUUAAAUUUUUGGGAUUGGCUUUCAUCUGAAUAUCCCGUUAUUAGUUAUACUUCCAAUACAAAACACCAAUUAAAUCAUCUUAUUUCCUGUACAUUACCUGAAGCUAUCUUAGGACGAAUUGAGCUCUUAGUUUUAA